UAUUAAUGUUAAACUUUUUUCUUACAGCUUCUGUAGUGGGUAUCAGAUUACAUAUAGCUGUAGCCAGUUGUUGUGUUGCUUCUAGUCUAUACCUUCUUCUUAUUAAAUAAGAUGUUGACUUUUUGUCCUAUCUGUGCUAAUAUUUUGACAGUUGAAGAAGGUGGAAGAGGCUAUCGAUUUGCAUGUAGUACAUGUCCAUACAUCCAUAACAUCUCCAGACGAAUUAGCACUCGAAAGUAUCCAAAAUUGAAAGAAGUAGAUGAUGUAUUAGGUGGAGCUGCUGCAUGGGAUAAUGUGGACUCUACUGAAGAACCGUGUCCAAAGUGUGAACAUGCAAGAGCCUAUUUCAUGCAGCUACAGACACGAUCAGCUGAUGAACCAAUGACCACAUUUUAUAAAUGCUGUAAUCCUCAAUGUGGUCAUCGCUGGAAAGAUUAAUUACUAUGAAAAUGAAUUUGAGUUUGAACUUUGAAAAUAUUUCUCUUGAUAAUUUAUACUUUAAUUUCAUGAAAUGGUUAAUAAUAAGUUAACUUCAGGUAAUUAUA